AUGUUCGGCGAGUGCGCGGACGCGAGCUCGGGCGAGGGAUGGGAUGUCUUCGGGUGCGGCGCGAGCGAGUACUUCUGCGAUCCGAGCGUGAAUUAUUUCGAUUGCGACGUCGAUGGGUUUCCGGGAUUCGGUGAGGACAUGGAGGCGUUUCUAGGGGCCAAGGCUCGGGAGGCGUGCUCGAGCGAAAGCACAGACUCGGAAGAGAUGACGCUCGCGAUACGCGCGCAUCCGAUGUACGCCAGGCUCGUCGAGGCGUACUACGAAUGUCGUAAAAUAGGUGCACACGGUGACGCCGCAGUAGCGCUCGAGCGGGAGAAGGAUGCGAUGCUAUACUCCGUGCAGGUCAUGAGCGAGGAAGCGUACGAGUCUUCGGCAAUGGCGCUCGAUGUCGCGUCGUGCGAUUUGGAUGAGUUCAUGCGCGAUUGCACGCACGAGCUUGAGACGUACGUCAAGGAGCUGCACUCCCUUUAUGAAGAUGCCAAGAGGUGCUGUAAAAGUCUCGAGAACCGAGCGCACAAGGUGAAGACAGACGUCGUUCAUGUCGAUUCAUCGCGGCGUGGCGAGGCGGCUGAGAGUAAGCGACACGCGCCGGCGACCGAGGAUGAACUCGAAGCAGUAAGCGACGAUUUCGAUCAAAUUUUAGCGAGCGAGCAUCAGCGUCGAAAUCAUGAAGAGAGACUGCGGCAAGAUCUGAAGCGUAAAUACGCGAGUAGCAUCACGAUGCUCAAGACAGAGUUCAUGCGUAAGCGGAAGAAAGGGAAGCUUCCCGACACGUCUACGGAUAUUCUGAAGAAGUGGUGGAGCGACAACAUCGUGUGGCCGUACCCGAGCGAAGACGACAAGCAAGUUCUUAUCGAAAUGACGAAGCUUGACGCGACACAGGUGAACAACUGGUUCAUAAACUUUCGAAAGAGACACUGGAUCCGACUGUUUGAACGAGGAUGUACGCCAAAAAAUGAAAAGGAAGCCGCGACAGCGCUUGCGAAGGCUUUCAAUGGUUCAUUGGAGAAGGCGAAGGAUUACGCCAGGUCACUGUAA